AUCUGUUCAAGGUCGUGGCGAUAAAAUGGGGGAGGUUUAAAGGUCGAUCGCAGCGUGUGUGGAAGUCCGUUAUAUGUAUGGGAUUUCAAUUGUACUUUUUGUCAUCAGAAAAUGUUUUAUAGCUAGACGCAAUCCCCAUAUGGCGUAAAGAAUAGUCAUUCGUAAACUGUAAUACUACCCUGAUCUUACAUUAAUUAUUGGCUUCAUCAUCACGAUUGAGUUUGAAAUUGUUACGAGACGUCUUAUAUUUGCAAUAGUUGAGAAUGCUAGCAUCUUUACUUGGCAUUACUUCUGCCAAGUUUUGUGUGAGAAUUUAUUGACAUCACCUGUUUGUUAAAAGUAGUAUACAAGUUUGUUCUGUCACAAUUGUUGUUGACAUUCUUAAUGAAUCGACUUCGAUGAUGAAAGCUCAUUGCUAGAAACUGAUAUAUUUAUUGUGACUGAUUUUUCGGUUAUCGUUAGUACCAUUUUUACUGAACAUGUUAUAAAUAAAGUGGAAUAAUUAUAAUACCUGGAUGUUAGGAUUUAUUUAUUUAAACAUAAUCAUUGGUACAAGAAGGCACUAAAUAUAUAUGCGUCACAUAAAUCAUUUGAUUUGUGCGAGGGCUGGAAUACUGCCCGAAAGCGCAAACCGAAUCAGAUGAUUUUCUUAGAGGGCUACGUACCGAGCCUUUGGCCUCCAGAUCUAAUCCACGAGGCAGUGGAGCAACGUCAGGAGAUGCAGUUCCAUGGUAGUCGGUGACCAACAAUAGGUUCAUACGCCACUUGUUCCCUCAGGAUACUGGAGCCCACGUGCACCAGUGGUUUGGAUUCAGAGUUUUUCAACUCCCCUAGGUGGAUCCUCCAUAUCCACCGAACCCAUUAAAGAGCCGGACAUUCGCUUAUUGUCAUAUCAAUUUCGUGAGAAAACACCCUCGCCGCGAGAAGGCAGUGAGUAGGACUUCCUUGGCAACAGCUGUAUACGUGUGACCAUGUGAGAGCAUUUUGAGCGGGAGAGCUGACACUGCCCUUCGGUCUUACCAGAGCAUUUAAGUGCAGAAUGUCAGGGUAAUAACUAGAUUGUCGAUAAACACGACGUUCAGUCAUCUGUGGACCAGCGUUUGUAAUUUCAUUUUUAGAAACAUUGUCAAAUCCACUCAUACUAACUGUUUCAUCCAAGUAGGAUGAGACUAAUUUAUACACGACCUUUCAGCGACGAUGAAGUGACCCUGAGAAUAUUCACCUGUUAACUAGGACCAGAUGGCAGUUAUAAAGGAGUUUAAGGGAUUAAAAUUGUGAUUAAGGUUAAGAACUAGAUUUAGAGUUUUCAUCACGAACUGACAUCAGGUAAAUGACUGGACAUUAUCUAGCCAGAUGGAUGAAUAAAGUUCACAUCAAAAUCCAAAACCUGUUAUUUUGUGUUUGGCUCAUCCACAAAUUAUAGUCUCGCUCCAAGUCGAAUCGGUAAAGAAAAGUGACAAUCAAUUUAGUGAGUCAUUUUGAUUUUGUAAAAUACCAAUUUCUCAACAUAAUUCCCAUUUCAAAUUGUGGGCACCAUAAUUCAUGUACAUUUGUAAUGAAAGCGUGUAUUCUUCAUUUAACUUGUUUGUACUUUAAGUAAUUUCUUACAUUUGAAUAAUUCCAUAUUUGCUCGUGUACACACUUUUUGUUAAAUUGAUUUAACUCACUAUGCAGCUAGCUUUUGCUGGCUAGUUACGCGUUAUUAGUAUCAAUAGAUGUAGCAAGAUUUAUUUGCUUACUUUUGGCGAGAUUUAAUAAUUCUUCAUUUCACAUAAUUAUAACGGUCUUUUAGUUGUAGUUCCUUUGAUUUACAACAGUUAAUUCUGGUAUAUGGCAUUGAAUCAGGGUUUGUGUAACUCAUUCGAAACCUUAUGCUGUCAACUUUUAGUUUCGAUUAUCAGAUUGUCUUCAUUUUACAUUUGUGUUUUUGGUAAUUAUUGUCAUUCGCUUUCGUCUCACACAUUCUACUCUUCACACUCCUUCAUGCUAAACACAAACCGGCACAUCUAUGUAAUUUUUGAUACUACUUCAUUUAAUGGCGUUAAUGCAAAUAUAUUCUUUCCACUGCAGAGUGAUAGAGAGUUAGUGUUGUGGAAAACCAAGCCCUGCGUAAAGUAAAAUUAUAAGAUGACACAAAAACUAUAAUUUGCAAAAUGCAUUCUUCUGAAUGUACCGCGUUAUUCGACUUUAGAAUACAAACCUUCCAUUCUCUCGCUUUGUGUUCUUUUAUGGUUCGUUAGUAAUCACUGUUUACUGCGCUGUUUCAGGCCUUUAACAAAUCCACAAUGAACAAUGGCAACACUUGUUACAUUUGAUGUCGAAGGACCCAGUACCUAUGCAUCUGAAAAAUAUGAUAAACUGCCACUAUUACUAGAUAAACUGGUUGCCGAUAACUCUGUCACUGCGAAAGCCCCUGAUCCUAGAAACUACUUUGAAGCACAUUUCAAAAAUUAUGAAUGCCCUUUUUUUCUGAAAAACUUCACCACCAGUACAUUUCGGCUAUACUUUAUUAUGUUUAGACGGCCAGACAGUACGGCAGGGAAUGGUUAGUGAGUUCAUGGUCAGUAAACUAUCAUCUCAUACUUGAAAGCUACUGGAUGGAUCUUUGUUGAAAACUUGUCUUCAUGCUCAAACUGUAUUCAGAUUAGGUAUUCUAAGCAGAUGGAAUCUGAAGUAACCUGGUAAUAGUCUUUCCACAAACUGUGAGUUCAUCAUCUCACCGUGGUGUGCUUUCUUUUCGGAUAAAAGCUUGACCAGGUAGUUGAUAUAACUUUUAUAAGUAGUCAAUAGGAUCCCCAAAAAUAUGCUAGCCGCUUAACAGCAAUUGUGCAGUGAACUCUUAUGGAUCGUCAGAUGAGAAGAAAAACAAUCGUUUAAUGUAUCCUAGUUAUGACACUGGGUUACUGAACGUCAGUCUACUAACCACUGCUCAUCAUGCUGUUUCAUUCUUCAGACAGUGGAAUAUAGGUAAAAUGAUCUAACGUAGAUAUUUUCUGCAACAAGAAUAUUCAUAAUUUACUUGCCAUGUGACCCAAAGCGGCCUCAAGGAUUGAUAGCUUACUCAGCAAAACAGAGUCCUGUAGUCAUUCUACAUAGUAUCAAGUGUUCAUAAUUUCUGUGAUCCACUGUUAUUGGUACCUCCGAAGCUAAAUAUAACGUUCAGCCUUUGGCAGGUUAACGUUUACUCUGAAGGUAGAUUGUUUGCUAGGGGAGCUGAAUGAGCAGCGUUUGUGAAAGAAUCUAGAACAGAGGUAAGUAAAACAAAAAGUCGACAGUAGAUUAAAUACAUAGGAUGUACUGACACUUAUUAAUGACGGUCUUAGGAAUAGCGUUUAUGCUUUGACUUGAUGUAGGGAAUAAGUUUUUUGUUUAGCUUGUGUAUACCUGUUGUGUCUUGCCAAAAUGCUGGUGUGGCUUUUUAUUAUGACUGGACGCAACGGUUUACUUUACCUUGUAUGGUGGACAGGGACUGGUAUUGCUCGAUAUAAGGAAGAAGGCAAAAAUGUUAAUGAAGAUUUAUUUAUGCAUAGACAAUAGAUCCUCUACAGCUUCAACCACUGAAUAAAAAUUACACUAAAUUAUUUAUGAUUUGCUUAUCUGGUAAGUUAAUAUGAAUAUAUUGAACUAAGCGGUGUUAGUAUAAAUUAGUCAGUAAAUAAAUCCAUGUAUACAAUCUAUAAUGUUAGUUGAUUUAACUGCACUAAACAUUACAGUAAAUUACCGAGCUCCACAUUUAAUUUUUUCUGACAAUAUUUCAAUUCUAAGUUAUGAUCCUAAUCUCAAAUGUUUGAUGUUUUCGUCGUUAAACCUGCUUCGGUUUGGGCACCCGGACAAUAUCACAGCCCUCACACAUGUCAAGUGAGGUUUGUGUGGCGCAUAUGUAUUUGGUGCCUCCAUGUACCAAUGUCUAUUUGUUAAAAUAAAAUAAAACUGAUUAUCUGUGUUUGGUAGUAAACACUUGGUGGUGUGUGACGUUCCUUUUCAGUUCGUCUAUGCUUUCAACGUUCUCCUUUGUUCUCUACUCUCAGUUCUUUUCUGCUAUCGGUUGCAUCUUCUUUGUUUUCUAUCUCGUCUUGAUAUGAGUAGGGGAAGUGUGAUAUGUUUUAUCGAUACAUGACUAUCAGGUCCUCCUACAUUGUUUCUGCCUGUACCCUUUUAUAUCUAUUAAAUUUCUCAGUAUUCUAUGGUGAUUCUCAAAAAUAUUUCAUGUUUUAGAUUUAGAUGACCAAUACUUGGAGCAUUCUUUGUUUAUCCAAAUUUUCCAGACAAUUAAAUGAUGUUUUUAAAAAAUCUUUAUCGAUAACUAAUCGUAUAAGUUUGAUUAAUAUUUACUAUGUUUUGUCACCUGGAGAAGUUCUUUCCACUCCUGUUUCUACUGUUUAUCAGAAAUUGGUUAAAAAGAUGCAAGAUAUAGUUGUACCAGAUACUGCUUUAUUGUAUCCUCUCCCAAGGAAGCAAUUUUUGGCUGAAUUAUGGAUUACCUCUGGGAAGCUGUUGGUGGUUCUUGAAUCUUCAUUAUUUAUUGAGGAUGUACCUCAUUCGGUAGACUUUCAAAAAGACCUCACGAUCGUAACUGAAUACAUAGCCAGUGGUGGGCGUGUUCUAUUGAUUUUAAAUACGACAGAGGUGAAUAAUUUCCCCUCAUCGAGUCUUGCUCAUUAUGCUUUACUUUCAAACGAAUCUCCUAAUCUGUUUGAAAACAAUUAUUCAUACUGGAAAUGGAUGUAUAAAGAUUCGAUUUUAACUGGUGGAUAUCAUCGCCUGGAACGUAAUAAUGAUAAGGAGGUUGAAGUUCAAAAGGAUCAACCAUUAAUUGCUAUUCUCAGUAUUGAUUGUUUGAAAAUCGAAGCAACACGUUUGGAAAAUGCGUUCAACCUUCUUGGGAUACCGUGUGUACCUUGUGUUGAUCUGGAAGACAAUACACAUGAUAAACUACUGUCUAAUUCCCUAUCCUCAGUUCAUUUAUCCGAUUCAAAGACUUUGUAUUGUUUUACACCGGACUCUGAGAAAAAGAAGAUCGUUAAUUUUCUCAUUACGGAAUUUUCAACGAAAUGCAAAAAAGAGAUUUCCUAUUGUUCUACUCUAUCUGAUCUUCCAUUGGGUUUCAACUGGAUAGAUUAUUUUUCAAAUCUCCAUACUGAACAUUUAGGUAAAUUGAUUGUUUGGUCUAACUCAAUGGAAUCUAGUUGGGAUUUCUGUCAACAGUAAGUCUAUUGUUCCUGGUUUCACUGGUUGCUUAAGUUCAAUACGUAAUGUAAACUAUGAAACCCAACGAUAUUUACAAAUACAUCAUAGUAAUCAUAACUAUAGGCUCACUGGUGGUUAGUUUUGAGAGGUGAUUAUCGGAAUUCUUGCGAAAAAGCCGUUCAGUGUUUCCUGGUUUCCAAUUGUUUACUAAUUAAGAUCAGUCUGUUAUGUAAAAUGUGAAAUUUCUUAUUGUUCAUUCAUUGUCGAUAAUUCUUUGAACGAAUCCAUCCAAAUUCUGGUCUGCUGGUAUGUUCUAAUAUUCAAUCUAAAGGGAAAGGUCGAGGAGAGAAUAAGUGGAUUAGUCCUGCUGGACAAGCUGCAUUUACAUUCCAUUUAACAUUAUCCACUUCCAAUAGUCAAAUGUUUAUGAAUUGUGUGACUUGUGUACAACAUAUUGUAGCGUUGAGUGUAGUUUUGGCUUGUAGACAAUUAAUUGCUGAACAUUUAGAGAUCAUUUCAGGUGAUACUAAUUUUUGUGAUAUCAAUGAAGAAUUUCUUGUUGAUCUUCAAUAUCAUGGACCUAAAAUCCUUAUUAAAUGGCCAAACGAUAUUUAUGUUGUCGAAAAUAUUAAUUGGUGUAAUAAUCAAGAUGUCAGUUCGACGCUUUUGCAACAAAAUAUUAUUGGAAAAUUGGCUGGUGUAUUAGUUCAUUGUCGUUUAGUUGAUUCAAAUCACGUGGAAUUAUUGAUUGGCUGUGGCAUUAAUGCAUUCAAUGAACUACCUACGAUAUGUUUAGAACAUGUAUUGAUCAAAUCUCAUCCGUGUAAUAAGAGACCAACAUUUUCAAUUGCCAAGUUAAUUUCACUUGUAGUAAGUUACAUUGAAAGAAUAAUCACGAGGAUUUAUAAUCCGAAUUCAAAUUAUGAUCUUGGAUGGGUGCUUCACUUAUACACGAAAUGCUGGAUUCAUACUAAUCAAAAAGUUCAACUUUACGUCAAUCCAACGUUGAGUGAAAAUAACCCUGGCGUAAUUGAUCAACAGCAUUCAACUGAUACGAAUACCUACCGCAUAGUUGGAUUAGAUAAUUAUGGUUAUCUAUUAGUAGAAGAUAUAUGUACUGGGAUUCGACAUAAGUUACAUCCAGAUGGCAAUUCAAUGGAUAUGAUGCGUGGUCUAAUUAUUACUAAAUAAAAAAAUCUAAUCCAAAAAGUGAAAUGUCCUCUUUUGUUUGAAAAUUCAGUCCAAUUAGAACUGUCAUAUGAUUAGCUAACCAACUAACUGCCUUUCACUCCAUAUUCUAGUCAUUUUUAUAUGCUCAGAUUUCUUCACUUAAUAUAUAUGACCAUUUAAGGGAAAACAAUGUUAUUCGCUUAUAUGUGUAGUUCUAAAUAUGUAUUCAUCUCCUUUUGUUGUGCUUAAUAGUACUAUAUUUGGGUAAUGACUUGAAACAAGACGGUUAUGUGAGUGUUGUGACUUGAACUAAAUACUGAUUACUACUACACUGGUAAAACUGUUAUUGGCUACUUACUGCAAGGAAACGAGACUACUAUGUGGUUGCAAAGUAAAAAACAAGAUCGUGGAAGAAGAUUGAUUUAUUCAUCAAUCAUUAAUUAAUACGGCAUCCGCAAUCGUAAUCAUAAUAAUCUGAUGUGUUUAUAUAAUUUGCAAAAUCAAUAUAUUGACUGUCAAAUGUUACUCAGGGAUGAAUUAUAUGUUUGUUUUCUUUUUGACAAUUUUUUUAUUUGAAGAAAUAUACAUUUUUUGUGGUCAAUAUUUUGGAAUGUUUUCAGUUAUUUUAAUAAGUAAAUAUAAUAAUGUACUUCUGAUCCGAUCGUGUUUUUCUUUUGCCUGUGAAUAAAAAAGUGGUUCAAAUGGCUGGUUAGAAUUUAAAUACCCAAACGUUUCAAGCACUAAUUUCCAUUUUUGUAAUGAAAUUGGAUGUAAUCUUCCAGAGGGCUAAUUGGAAACAACAUUGCGUUGUUGAACAGUAGUAUUAAUAGUAGUGUACGCUGUUAUUUGUUGAUUUGCUCAAUUUCUAUGCCAGUGAGCUUCUAUCUUUUAUAACUGGUGUGCUAUCACCGGUUCAGAACCGA